GGCAGCAAUACACAGUAAACUCCCUCGAACCGGGCCCAGAGCAUCGUCAAACUCGUGAAACUCAUAAUCCGCACACCAAUCAAAUAACCUGGGUUGAAAGUUAAUCCACCUUCAAUUUCAGACAGCGUCGAUCAUCAUGGCUCCUCGUUCUCAAUUGGAAAUCGCCACGGCAUCUGUCCAGCGCCUGGUCAAAGAAGAGGCGUCGUAUCACCGCGAGCUGCAACAGCAGACAGAGAGGAUCAAGAAGCUGGAAUCCCAGGAGGGCGACGAAGAUGAAAACAGGGAAUACACACUGAAGCAGGAGUGUCUGGCUCUCGAAGAAACUAAAAAUGUCCUUCCGACAUUGAAGCAGAAGAUUGAAGACGCCAUAGCUAAGCUCAAUAGUCUGCUGGUCGAGGAGGGCAAGAAAGGUUCCGAGAGCAAUGUCGAGCAUAUUAAUGCUGCGAAGGACGCCAUUGCCAAAGCCAGGACAGCGGAGCGGGAGAUCGCCUGAGAUGGCUUAUAACCAAUUCUUGGGCACAUGUACUUAGCCCCAUCAUGAGGGAAUAUUUAAUAAAUCGCCCCUGAAUAAAAGCAAAAAAUUGACGCGAUUUGA